UAUGCGCGUCAUUCCGUACACAUUUCCGCCUUCUAGUAGCACACGUGAGGCAGGGUGGAAGACAUGUCGAAAACAAAAAAAAAAAAGGCAAAGCGCAUCGCCCUCCACGGGAAAUCCAGGCCAACCGAAGGGAACAAAAGCGAAGGUUUGGGGAGGCUAAAGCAAAAAAGCCCUUCAUCGAUGAGGCGUGUUAAAGACCACAAGAAGCCAGAAGAAAUUGGGAAGCAACGGCUUCUGCAGCUCCAGGAAAAGCAGAGAAUCUCAAAAGAACAACAACUGAUAAAGAGAAAGAGUCUCAAUAGUUUUCAGGAUGACAUCUUGCAGCGACAGAAAGAUUUCGAGAUCAAGGAAGUGGAGAUGCAGAAUUUGGAGAAGCAUGUCAAUUUUGAAAAUGAGAAUUCAAGAAAGGCCUAUUUCAGAGAAUUCAAAAAGGUGGUGGAGGCGUCCGAUGUGAUCUUAGAGGUCCUGGAUGCACGCGACCCUCUGGGAUGUCGGUGCCCGCAGGUGGAGCAGGCCGUCAUCCAGAGUGGGACUAACAAGAAAAUAGUCCUGGUGUUGAAUAAAAUCGAUCUGGUCUCAAAGGAAAUAGUUGAGAAAUGGAUCAAGUAUCUACGCAAUGAGUUUCCCACUGUGGCUUUCAAAUCCUCCACUCAGCUACAGAACAAGAACUUGAAGCGCAGCAAUGUGCCGGUGACCCAGGCCACCGUAGAGCUCCUCAACAGUAGUGCCUGUGUGGGAGCUGACUGCCUGAUGAAACUGUUGGGGAACUACUGCCGCAACCUGGACAUCAAGACGGCGAUCACGGUCGGUGUUGUCGGUUUUCCCAACGUGGGAAAAAGCAGCUUAAUUAACAGUCUAAAGCGAUCGCGGUCCUGCAGUGUUGGGGCCACACCUGGUAUGACAAAGUGCCUUCAGGAAAUACAUCUGGACAAACACAUAAAGCUUCUAGAUUGCCCUGGCAUUGUCAUGGCUACUUCCACAUCCGAUGCAGCAAUGAUUCUACGGAACUGUGUGAAAAUCGAGCUUCUGGUCGACCCCCUUCCCCCUGUGGAAGCCAUUCUCAGACGCUGCAAUAAACCUCAGAUCAUGGAGUUUUAUGGGGUUCCAGACUUUCGCACACCCCUGGAGUUCUUGGCACUACUUGCCAAACGCCAAGGCAAACUGAAGAAGGGGGGAUUGCCCGACUGUGACAAAGCAGCAAAGAGCGUCUUAAUCGACUGGACAGGAGGAAGGAUCAGUUACUUCACACACCCUCCAGAGACCCAUACUCUCCCCACCCAUGUCAGUGCAGAGAUUGUUACAGAGAUGGGCAAAGCGUUUGACUGGGACGAACUUGAGAAAGGAAAUCAGGAAGUUCUUGCAGAAUCAUCCACGGUCCAAAUGGGAUUCUGCAUGGAAACAGCUGGGAUGACGCAAGGUUUUCCAGCUGAGGGAGGGUGUGACUUGGCGAUGGAGGGGGCCCUUGUCGAAGACCUAGAACUAAGAGAUGAAACUGAAUCUAUGGACGAUGACCAAGACACAGAGUUUGGACCAAUGACCGUGGAGAUGAAAUCUGUUAAGGCCAAAUCCAGUGCCUCUGCAGAGGCAGCACCCAAACCUGUUGAUUUGAAGGAUAUCCUGUAUGUAGACCCUCUGCACCAAGGCCAGGCACUUCAGGCUGCCGGGAAGAAGAGGAAAAAGCAGCAGAAAAGAGCAGAUAAACUUGCCACCAAACUCUCUGAUACGUUGACCUCUGCAAUGAAUUUUUCAUUUUAAGACUGGUAUAAAUAAAAAAAAAUACCAAAAAGAUUCUCUGUGCU